AUGGCCUACACCACCGUCUCCGCCUACUCAUUCGCGGCCCCCGCCGCACCGAACGCGUUCGCGCUGUUUGGCUCCGCCCAGUCGCCGCGCGACACCUACGCGCUGUACGACGAGGCGCGGCACGUCCUCCGUCCCUCGAACGGGCAGAAGAAGACGUCGACGAAGGGCGGGCUGAAGAAGUACUUCGGGCUGUGA